UCUCAAGGAGCCAGGUAGUUAGCUGCGGUAGUCGUAUCUGUAUUAAAAUGAAACAGGUUUUUUAAGCAUGCGAUAUUUUUUUUUACCGUCAUCCUGUUGAAAAUCGAAGAACACCGGUUACGUUUGAACCGUGGAAUUAUGGAGUGAAGAGCAUAAUUUUCUUUAAAAAAAAAAAUUGUUAGCGUGACUGCCGGAAUUCGUUAGCCUAACAUGCUAGCUACUUGUCUGACCGAUGCACCACCCUCGCUUGAUGAGCGUACGGGACUAGGGUUCUGCUUAUUAAGCACUAUUUCGGUCUUAUAAUGGCGAGUGCUGGGAUCAGACGAUUCGUCUGCCUUUGUAGAUAUUUGCAAGACCCUUGCGUUGUCGCCAAAUUUCAGCAACUUUGCGGCGUUAGAGGGACGUUUCCUCUAAAAUCAUCCGGGACCGAGAAGAAUGAAAGGGAGUUCUCUCCUAACGCUGCAUGUAUGAGGCAGUAUCGGAGUGACAACACUGUUGCAGAAGAUGGGGAAAUGAAGGGCUCUUUUCUUAGGAAAAGUGGAAGUGUAGAACAGAAAGAAAACUUGCAUGGUUUGUUCAAUGGGGGAGCUCCGGCAUCAGGUACUGAUGAAUCUGAGGGAGACGAUGCAGAUAAAACGAAAAGCAACUUUGGACUCACUGACAGCACCCCAAAAGAGCUUACUAGUAGCCGUGAUGGCGUGAAAGGAGAUACAAGAGGUCGGGUAAAGCCCCUUCGUAAGAACUCAUUGACUGGUGAUGUUGGGCAGGAAUUUAUUAUUGAGAACAAGUUCCUAUUCUACCUCUUCACUGUUGGGACUGAACUGGGCAAUGAAUUGUUCUUCAUUGUUUUCUUCCCAUUCCUAAUGUGGAACGUCGAUGCCUAUGUUAGUCGACAGGUUAUAGUGGUGUGGGUCUGGGUGCUGUUUUUUGGACAGUCCACUAAAGACCUUGUGGGAUGGACACGUCCUGCCUCACCACCUGUGGUCAAAGUGGAGGUCUUCUACAACUUUGAAUACAGCAUGCCAUCUGUGCAUGCCAUGACUGGAACCUCUGUCCCUUUCUGCCUUUUUCUGCUCACUUUCAACCGUUGGGAGUACUCAUUCCUGUUUGGGUUGAGCAUGGCCAUAUGUUGGAGUUUCCUGGUCUGCAUAAGCAGGGUAUACAUGGGCAUGCAUUCCGUCUUGGAGGUGAUCACAGGAUUCCUCUACAGUUUGUUGAUCCUGGCCGCCUUCUACCCUGUACUGGAAGACAUUGACACCUUCUACCUAUCUGGUAGCUUCGCACCUCUCAUCAUCCUCCUGCUACACAUUGGCUUAGCCCUCAUUGCCUUCUCUCUGGACUCCUGGAGUACAUCGCGUGGGGACACGGCUCAGGCGCUGGCCACCGGUGCCGGGGGUGCGCUGGCUGGCCGUCUCAACCACUGGCUGGGGCUGCAGCCAGACCUGCCUGUGUCGUCCCUGCCGCUGAAGCCUCCGCCCCUCAGCGGAGCCCUGCUGGGACGCUCGGUCCUGCGCCUCCUGGUGGGCGUGGCCGUGCUGCUGGCCGUGCGGGCAGUCAUGAAGGCAUUAGCAAUCCCAUUGGCAUGCCGCUUGUUCAGUGUACCUGCUGACGAUGUGCGUAAAGCUCGACAGAACGCUUGUGUUGAGCUCACCUACCGUUUCCUCGUCUAUGGAAUGGUGGCUUUCUGCUGUGUCUUCCUUGUGCCCCUCCUGUUCAAUUUUCUGGACCUGUCCUGAAGAGACUGAUCAGCUUCUGGAUUAGCCAGUAAAAACGCUGUCAGUUUUUUUUGUUUCUCGCUGCCAAUGCUCUCUACACCCAAAUAUGGACUGUACUUUUCCAGUUUGAUUAAAAAUAUUUUUGGAAAAAUCUAAUUGCCAAUAUAGUAUCAGACGUAUAAGAGACCACUAAAGCAUUUCAAUUAUGUUAAUGUAUUUAUAUAAAUUAUUAGCACUCUAGUAUUCUAUUUUACAUUACAUUUUUCUUGGUUGUUUGUUUUUAGUAAUUGAUUUAUUCUCAAAAUUACCAAAUUUUGAGAGUUGGUUUUACCAAAAACAUGACAUUAGUAUUAGGCCAGGCAUCUGUUUUGCACUACUCUAAAACAAGACUGAUGGGCUUUCAUCAGCAUAAGAUGGCACGGUCACUCCAUAUCUUUCAAAGGCGUCCUGACUUUCAAAUGAGGUGUGUACAAAUCCAUUAGUUGACCUAUAAGGCAAUCUAUGUCCCGGAUAUGAACUGUGAAAGGACAAAACUGAAUGCCAUAAUGUUUUUGAACAUUGCAGACCUGCUCUGUUCUCAGCAUUCAGCUUGUACAGAUCCUGCCGUGUGGGGAUCCUGUUUGCUUGAUCUCCACCCCUUCUUCUCAAUGGCCAUACCUACACCCAUCCUGCACCAUUGUGUUCUUUCUCUCUUUUACACAUUGGCCCCUUUCCCAUUAUAUCCAGCAUAAGCACAUUGCUGGCUCUGUCUUCCCAUGGUGAGCUCAAGUGUACAAAUCCAGUGUUUAUGGUUUUCCCUCCAGGCCCUACUCACAUAAUCUCCUAAUCUUUCCUGAUCUUUGUUUUCCUCUCAGAGCAGUGGAGGUGAUGAUUUAGUAUUCCAGACUACCUGUGUGGCUAUAUACUGGUUGGUUCUUCAAAAAGAGUUGGUGCAGUGCUUCCUCGACUGCAGUGUUAUUGCCAUCCAGUAGUUUGCAUGGCGUGCUAUAGGAACGUGGGGAGGAGGUCCUUCUGUUGGACUGAGUGCCGCAUACAUGACUUCGUAUGGACUGCCACCCAUUUUGCCAGGGCAGAUAUAGAAUCAUAUGUUGCUCCAAAGAUACAACAAUGAACACUAUACUUGAUUAUGUAUUGUUUUUUAAUACAGGCUAAAGCAGUCAGUGUCAACAGAGAGCUUUUUAUGUUGUGAAUUAUACAUUGCUUUCAUAAGUAGACCAGGAGGGCAUUUAAAGAUUUUUGGUUCAAUGAAAUAAACCUAUUUAUAAACCUAUUUGCACUGAGGAAAGGAAUCUGGACUUGGUCGAGGAAGAUAUAUGUUCAGGCACUUAGACCAGUGCCAUUGUUUGUGCUGAAGUAUUAAUGUGUUAGAGUAAAAUACUUUUAAGAUGUGGAAGACACCUUGCAUACUCAGUCUAUGUGUACGUAUGUGUUUGAAAUCUUUAUGGACUAUGAAUAGCUUGUUAAAUGUUUUUCUAUGUUAUCACGGUCAGUACAGGUCUCAGUAAGUCUCCAUUUAGAUCACUGACUUUCUGGACUUGAGAUUUUUUUUUUUUUUUUUUUUUUUUUUUUUUUUUAAUUUUAAUAAUCAUCAUUAUACUUUAUGCCACUUCUAUAUAACUUUACUCAUUCCUCUCUGUAGGUUCAGUUCUUUUGGAUGGAUUGCAUCAGUAUAAGCUUUUUCUACAACUAAGCCAUACCUGAUCUUUGGUGGUUAAGAGACAUGCUGCUUUUAAUUUGCACUGCUGUUAAGGAUGGAAAUUCUCUCUCUCUCUCUCUCUCUCUCUCUCUCUCU